UGUUUGCCCGGUAGGUGGCGGUAACAAAGUCGAGUUUCACACUGCUACACAAUAACAAAUCCUUCCACAUCACUUCCGCCUCCAACCAAAAACAGCUGCCAGCUAGUGGAUAAGUGUAAGUACCGCAAAUUUCCGUAGUGAGCGAUGACAUCUGGAGGCCAAAAGGGGGAGAACUGUCUCGUGGACAUGGACAGCAAGGCAGGAGAUUUCUUAAGCGACAUGGAACCUGAGGCGGCAAAAGCAUCGGGAGUCAUGGGGAAUUAUUGGCUCUCUGCCUUACCUCCCAGGUUCGGCCUUCCCAAAGGCCUCUCCGUCUCCAUGGCAAAGGAGUGGUUCGAUAAGCGGCGGGUGUCCAUCCGUCCGUGGUCGAGCUUCGUGGACCAGCGUAAGUUCUCGAAGCCCCGCAACUUCGGAGAGAUGUGCCAAAGGGUUGUGAAGAACGUGGACACCUACAACAGCAACUACACCUUCAUCUUCCUGGGUCUCAUCCUGUACUGCAUAAUCAGCUCCCCUAUGCUGCUGAUUGCCUUGGCUGUGUUCGCCGGUGCCUUCUACAUCAUCCACCUAAAGUCCCUGGAGUCCAAGCUGGUUGUCUUAGGUAAAGAGCUGACCGUACCCCAUCAGAUGGGUGUGGCAGGAGCGAUGUCACUUCCUGUGUUCUGGUUGGCUGGUGCUGGAGCAGCAGUGUUCUGGGUUCUGGGCGCAACGUUGUUUGUGAUUGGCUCACACGCUGCGUUCAGGGAGCUGGAGGGAACAGACAUGGAGGAGCUUCUCAUGGAGUCUGUGUGAACGUGGGACAGGUUCUUCCUCCUAACCUCAUAAUAUGAUAUAUAUUACACGUGGUCUCAUGUUGUCUGUCAUGUGAUAUCCCUGGAAUGCACCCCGCCUUGAAUCAUCGUUACUGACAAAAUGGCUUUUUUGUAGCCUUCCGACCCAUUGUAAAUACCAAUCUCUAAGUCGGCUCUUUUUAUUAUUUUUUUAUCAAUGUGUUCUCAUUCACAAAGAAAAAAAAGUGCAAUUUAAAAAGCUUUACAUUUUUCGCGAAUGAAUUAACUUUUACAAUGUUUCUGCAUGACCAUAAAGGAAUGGCAUGGUCUGUUUUGGGAAAAGGGUUGUAUUGGGUAUUACAGCUAGUCAAUACUAAUCAAGCAUAAAUAUGAGUUUAGGAAUCUGAAGUCUGAUAAAGUAUAAUUAAUCCUCAGCACCAAGAUGAUCCCAGGUACUUGUCAGAGUUGUGGAUUUGUUAGAUCCACAACUAGUAGCGGAAUUAUGUGUCAUAUUUAAAAGGAAUCUUGUUUUUUGCCUAUUGUUUUGUAUUUUGAUGACUUUGUGCAAUAAACUCUUGGUGAAGUCUA